GCCAAGCAUAUCGUAAAUAAACUUCUUCUGCUUGUACAUCAUUGACCCCUGUUUUCUUCGUUUUCGCUGGUUUUCACAAUCGUAAACAUUUCCGAAGGCAUUCAUUAAACUGAUCUCACCGAAGAGCGGUAGUUAAACAAAAUAUUCCUUGGAACCCUUGCAGAAUCGUUGGAAUAAGCUUAAAAGCCAGGUUAUGUAGUGAGAUUCCAGAGGGGCGUAACGUCCUAUUUAACAAGAUUUUAGCCUUUCCCCUAUUUGUGGUUCAUAAGAUGUUUGGAAAGAAGAAAAAGAAGCCUCAGAUAUCGCAACCUACAAAUUUUGAGCACAGGGUGCACACGGAUUAUGAUAAGAGACAGGGCAGGUUUGUGGGAUUACCGUUGCAAUGGGCCUCCAUUGUGGGCAACAACCAAAUAUUAAAAUCCACAAAUCGACCUCUACCGUUAGUGGAUCCAUCAGAAAUCACUCCCACUGAAAUUCUGGACCUGAAAACUAUUGUUAGGGGAGAACAUAAACAUGAGAACAGAUUGAGUGGUACCAAUCAGCACCCUCAGCCGCCGUCAGUUAGCGGAUCGGUGAUCGGCGAUCGAUCCAUUAACAAUGGAAUCGUUUUGCCGAAAACAUCCAACGUCGCCAGAUCAAAUUCUCUGCGUAGCUCAAGCCCUCCGAGAUUGAGACGAGACCACAGAAGCAAUGCCAAUCUACCGCCUUCAGUCCCCGAGGAACAGGUCGUCCUGUAUACGUCCAUGAGAAGGGAUCCAAGCAUAGGCAAGCCUCAGGUGGUGAGAGAUAGUUCGCCUGCAGAAAGAUCUAUCAGCAACCACGAGAUGAACAAUGCGUAUGCCAACGGGAACGUCGUGGCUAUGUCUGAAGCACAUCAUGCUUACCUGUCACGAGAACAUCCUCAAAUUUCGCCAUCUGGCUCGAUGGUAUCGGGUCCGCCACCACCGUCGAUGGUGAUGUCGCAUAUGGGUAUCCAUUCGCAUUCGAGUCACGCUUCACAACAAAGUACUCAACUUCCUACAGCCGCCAGAUUACCAGAUCAAAACCAAAAUGUGCCAGCUUCCACCGCAGUUGCUACCGCUAAGCAUCAUGAACAAAGACUUACACACGAACAGUUCCGGGCAGCCCUGCAAAUGGUCGUAUCGUCGAAGGACCCGAGAGAGAACCUGGAGCGGUUCGCGAAGAUCGGCGAGGGCAGCACCGGCACCGUGUGCAUAGCGCAUGACAGAUCGACAGGCAGACAAGUGGCUGUGAAGAAGAUGGAUCUACGCAAACAGCAACGCAGAGAGUUGCUGUUCAACGAGGUGGUCAUCAUGAGGGAUUACCACCAUCCGAAUAUCGUCGAGAUGUUUGACAGUUAUUUAGUGAAUGAUGAACUGUGGGUGGUGAUGGAAUUCCUGGAAGGUGGCGCGCUGACGGACAUUGUGACGCACGCGCGAAUGGACGAAGAGCAAAUCGCCACCGUGUGCAAACAGUGUUUGAAAGCGUUGGCGUACUUACAUUCUCAAGGGGUCAUACAUCGAGAUAUCAAAUCGGAUUCGAUACUGCUAGCACUCGACGGGAGAGUGAAGCUGUCCGAUUUCGGUUUCUGUGCUCAGGUAUCCCAGGAGCUACCGAAACGCAAGUCUCUGGUUGGCACGCCGUAUUGGAUGUCCCCCGAAGUGAUAUCUCGGUUGCCUUACGGUCCCGAAGUUGACAUUUGGUCGUUGGGUAUAAUGGUGAUUGAGAUGGUGGACGGCGAACCGCCGUUUUUCAACGAGCCGCCCUUGCAGGCGAUGAGGCGUAUCAGGGAGAUGCCGCCGCCGAAAUUGAAGAACGCCCAUAAGGUAUCUCCACGACUGCAAUCUUUCCUGGACAAAAUGCUGGUACGGGACCCCAUCCAAAGGGCGACAGCCCAAGAAUUGCUCGCGCAUCCCUUCCUCCGUCAAGCAGGACCUCCUGCGCUCUUGGUGCCUCUAAUGAGAGGCGCCAAACAUACCAACUACAACUGAAUCGUUUACACUUGAUACCAGUGAUUAGUCCCGAAUUGUGCCUUUAUUUUUUACAUUUUGAUGUGAUUCGAUCCUUCAUUUACUGAAACUGAAAGCUGGACAUAUUGAAAUGACUGGCUAGGUAUUCGUUGGUCGUCUAGCAACAGUGAAGGGUUAGUCCUGAUUUGUGCCUUUUCUUCUUGAUGAGGUUCUACUUUUUGAACUACAACUAAAUCAAAACCAAGCGGUCUAUUAAACAGAGACUAAACACAUGGAAUUUCCUGCUAUUUUGUAUAGGAAUCACUUUCAUAUUUAAAGUAUUUCUUUAACUGGCAGUUAUUUGGAAACAUUCAGAAUUGCACGCGACAUUUACAUAUUUUGUGAGCUAGUAAACAGGACCGUUAUAUGAAAUGUUAGAAGAUGUAAAUCCUGAUUCUGCACAUUUAUAUCGAAUCAGUUUCAAUUAUUUUUAAAGGUAUUUAUAUAGUAGGUAAGCUUUAAAUUAUAUAAAAUGUUUACUCAAAACCAAAUAUCUUCUGUCGUUCGAUUAUACAGGGUGCUUCAGCCGUGCGAGGACCGAAUAUUGCUCCUAAACAAAAACAAAUCCUUCUAACAGCU